AUGGCCGGUGCGGAAACCAUCUUCCGUAUGAAGUUUGCCAAGGCUGAGGAUGCAUGGAAGGGGCACCUCCUACUACGGAAAUUGGGCACCAAGGAGCACGAACGGUACAUGGACGUGCUUCUGCCGAGAAACCCCCGUGACUUCACCUUCGACGAAACCGUCCAGCGCCUGUCCGAGACCUUCGGCGAUAAAUCCUCUUUGUUCAAUAUUCGAUACUAG